AUGGGACAGGAAAAUCAUGAUGUGAUCGAAGAGUCACAAAACUCUCGCUCUGUUUCUGAUGAUCGCAGCUUUAAAGCGCCUCAUGAGCAUCCGCAGACGACCUGGGUUAACAUUCUGGUUAUCAUCACUGCCUGUCUGGGGGGGUUUCUUUACGGUUUUGCCGCAAAUGCACUCUCCGGGUCUCUUUCGCAGACAACUUUUAUUCUGAAGUUCUUAUCCGGCUCCGACGAAGCUUCACUGGAGGAUGCUAUGCUGGGAGGAUUUCUUGGUGCAGCUUUAAUUGGUGCCCUUGUCCAGGCUCCUUUAUCCAACAAAUUCGGCCGUCGCAUCGCCAAUGGAGCAGCCGCUGUUCUUGUCAUUAUUUCGGGCGCUAUUCAGGCUGGAUCUGUUAAUGCCGCUAUGUUUAUAGCCGGGCGUGUUCUAUGUGGUAUUGGAUCCGGAAUGGUGUUUGCGAAUACUCCCGUGUAUAUGAGUGAAGUUUCACCACCUCACACUCGAGGACUUCUAGUGGGAAUGCAUGGAGUUGGUACCGUCACUGCGUAUAUUCUGGCUGCUGUGGUUGCACUUGCCUUCUCAUUUGUCAAAGACCCUGUGCAGUGGCGCUGUAUCUUUAUCAUCUUGACUGGACUCGGUGUGAUGUAUCUUGGGACUCUCUUUUUGAUCCCCGAAUCCCCCCGCUGGUUGAUGGAGAAUGGUCGCGAAGAGGAGGCCAGAAAGGUGUUGGAGUACUUACAUAGUACCAAAGACGACAAAGGAGCCGCCUUUGCUCAUGCUGAGUUGAAACAGAUCAAAGCUCAAGUCGAAAUCGAAAAGAACACGCCUGGAGGAUUUAUUUACAUUGCCUGCACACCAAGCCACCGGAAGAGAGCUCUUUGUUCUAUUCUCCUGUGGGUUAUGGGCCAGGGUACUGGCAUCACAACAAUCGGCAAUCUAAUUCCUACAUUGAUGGGGGCUUUGGGCUUCGGUACUACUAUGCAGCUAGGCCUUGGGGUGGUCUGGACUGUAUGUGCAGUCAUCGGGUGUGGUAUCAACGUCUUAAUUAUGGAUAAAGUUGGACGAGUCAGACUUCUUGUCAUCGGUGGGUUUGGAAGUGCUUUAAUCAUUGGUAUCAUGGGUGGACUUGAGAAGUAUUAUCUUGACAGCACUUACAUGCCGGGAGUCAACGCUGCUGUUGCUCUCUACUUCAUCUUCGGCGCCUUUUUCACGUCCACAAUCGAAUGCACUGCGUAUGUGUAUGGAUCCGAAAUCUGGCCCACACAUCUGCGCAGUGAAGGUGCGACUAUUGUUUACGCCAGCUUUUUCGCAAAUGCCGUCGCAUAUGCCGCUCCUGUGUCAGUGGCCCUUGACAACAUUGGCUGGAGAUACUACAUGAUCUUCGUUGCAGUUACGGUUGUCAGCACAAUCGUGCUCAUGUUUUAUUUCCCUGAGACCAAGGGACUCAGUCUCGAAGAGAUCAACGCUAAGUUCGGUGAUACUGUUGGCAUUGACCUCCAGGAUGCUCUUGCUGCUGAAGAUAGCAGCUCUAAUGAGGCUCUAAAAUGA